AUGGCGGCACCUCUCCGCGGCCAGACCAAGGCGGAAGAUAUCCGGAAUGCAUAUGGCUUGACCCUGCACCAAUGGGAGCGCUUCCUCUGGCAUACAAAAGAGGAAGCAAAAACGCUCUUUUAUACGCACGAGUACUGGACCAAUUCCAAAAAGCCGGACGAUGUUCAAUGGAUAGAUGUGGAAGGCGAUAUCCAUGAACGCUACUUGAAGAACAUAAACGACCGACUGGAGAAGUGUCACGUCACGGUUGACUACAGAUUGAUGAGAUGGCGCCUGUUAAUCUUGAUGCGGAGGAAGCCGAAAAAAGACGAACAGGCAAACGCAUCUGAGCCGAGUGCGAACCAAGAAAACGACGAACAAGCAGACUUAUCUGGGCCGAGUGUGAACCAAGAAACCGACGACCAGGCAAACUCAUCCGAGCCGAGCGCGAACCAAGAAAACGACGACCAGGGAAACUCAUCUGAGCCUAAUUAUUCAAAACUUCCUUUCGAUCCUAUCACCGAAAGCGGUGGGCGAAAGGCCAAUUGA